AUGGGCAUCGCAGUGUCCCGAGGACAACUUGACAUUCUCAGGUGCCUUAUUGAAGCUAGUCCAGAAGGCACCAUCAACAAUGCUAGCCCAAACUUUGGAGUGCCUCGACUACACAUGGCCACAUAUGGGCAUCAUACAAAGAGCGUGGAGACGCUACUGUCCAUCCCAGGUAUCGAACCAAACAAGAUUGAUAAUUCCGGACGUACAGCCUUGUUGCUCGCUGCUAGAGAGGGGUUUGAUGAUAUCGUUCAAAUCUUGGUUGACGACGCCCGAGUUGACCCAAAUUUGAUCGAUUGGUUCGGUUCAACACCACUUUUCGCUGCGGUCAGAAAUAACCAUGUAAAGGUUCUUGAAGUACUGCUCAAGAGUCCAAAGGUCACUACAGAGAUAAGAGAUGGUUAUGGGAUAGAUCUCUAUUGGUGGGCGGAGAGGUUUGAGAAUCCCGAAGUGCUUUCUCUUUUACAGCAGUAUCUUGGGGAAGAUGAAAUCUUCCCUGACGACCCUAUUAGCCCUGACCUCGACAUCAAUUUGACGCCUUUCGACCCUGACUUGCACUGCUGCGAUGCUUGUCUGAUCAGUACACGAAAACCAGGACUGUAUGAAGAUGGCGAUGUGGAAUUUAUUUUUUGUUCAGAUUGUUGGAGAGCGCAAGCAUGGGAGACAUAUUGUGAACGCUUGACGGAUGGUCCGUCAGCUGCCCUCAAUUAUAGUUCAGGUGGUGCUGGGCAAGAUAAUGGGUAA